AUGGCACCCAUCGGCCUCAAAGCCGUGGUCGGCGAGAAGAUCAUGCAUGAUGUGAUAAAGAAGGUAAAGAAGAAGGGGGAGUGGAAGGUGCUGGUGGUCGAUCAGCUGAGCAUGAGGAUGCUCUCCUCCUGCUGUAAGAUGACGGACAUCAUGACCGAGGGGAUAACAAUUGUGGAAGAUAUCAACAAGUGCAGGGAGCCACUGCCCAGCCUGGAGGCUGUGUACCUCAUCACUCCGUCCGAGAAGUCCAUCCGCUCCCUCAUGAAUGACUUUAAGGACCCACCGACUGCUAAGUACCGGGCUGCCCAUGUCUUCUUCACUGACUCUUGUCCAGAUGCCUUGUUUAACGAGCUGGUAAAAUCUCGAGCAGCCAAAGUCAUCAAGACUCUGACGGAAAUCAACAUUGCGUUUCUCCCCUACGAGUCCCAGGUGUAUUCCCUGGACUCGGCUGACUCUUUUCAGAGCUUCUACAGUCCCCACAAGGCUCAGAUGAAGAAUCCUAUACUAGAGCGCCUGGCAGAGCAGAUCGCAACUCUCUGUGCCACCCUGAAGGAGUACCCCGCCGUGCGGUAUCGUGGGGAGUACAAGGACAAUGCCCUGCUGGCCCAGCUAAUCCAGGACAAGCUCGACGCCUACAAAGCCGACGACCCCACCAUGGGCGAGGGCCCAGACAAGGCUCGCUCCCAGCUCCUGAUCCUGGACCGCGGUUUCGACCCCAGCUCCCCUGUCCUUCAUGAGCUGACCUUUCAGGCUAUGAGUUACGAUCUGCUGCCUAUCGAGAAUGAUGUGUACAAGUAUGAGACGAGCGGCAUCGGAGAGGCGCGGGUGAAGGAAGUGCUUCUGGACGAGGACGACGACCUCUGGAUAACGCUGCGCCACAAGCACAUCGCAGAGGUGUCCCAGGAAGUGACCCGUUCUCUGAAAGACUUUUCUUCCAGCAAGAGAAUGAACACUGGCGAGAAGACCACCAUGCGGGACCUGUCCCAGAUGCUGAAGAAAAUGCCCCAGUACCAGAAAGAGCUCAGCAAGUACUCCACCCACCUGCACCUCGCCGAGGACUGCAUGAAGCAUUAUCAAGGCACUGUGGAUAAGCUCUGCCGGGUGGAGCAGGACCUGGCCAUGGGCACAGAUGCUGAAGGCGAGAAGAUCAAGGACCCCAUGAGAGCUAUUGUCCCCAUUCUGCUGGACGCAAAUGUCAGCACUUACGACAAAAUCCGCAUCAUCCUCCUCUACAUCUUUCUCAAGAAUGGCAUCACUGAGGAAAACCUGAACAAGCUGAUCCAGCACGCCCAGAUCCCCCCAGAGGACAGCGAGAUCAUCACCAACAUGGCGCACUUGGGUGUGCCCAUCGUCACCGACUCUACGUUGCGUCGCAGGAGCAAGCCAGAACGGAAGGAGCGCAUCAGUGAGCAGACCUACCAGCUGUCACGAUGGACCCCGAUUAUCAAAGACAUCAUGGAGGACACCAUUGAGGACAAGCUCGAUACCAAGCACUACCCUUACAUCUCUACCCGCUCCUCUGCCUCCUUCAGCACCACCGCUGUCAGCGCCCGCUAUGGGCACUGGCAUAAGAACAAGGCCCCGGGCGAGUACCGCAGCGGCCCCCGCCUCAUCAUUUUCAUCCUGGGAGGCGUGAGCCUGAGCGAGAUGCGCUGCGCCUACGAGGUGACCCAGGCCAACGGCAAGUGGGAGGUGCUGAUCGGAUCCACGCAGAUUCUCACCCCACAAAAACUGCUGGACACGCUGAAGAAACUGAAUAAAACAGAUGAAGAAAUAAGCACUUAA